AUGGAAUUCAUUAUUACUGCUUUACUCUUUCUUCUCGGGGUCUCUGUUUUGUUUAACCUUCUACGGCAUCAUUCAAAAUCGAGAAGCAAAUCCAAGUCCACCAACCUCCCACCAGGUCCCAAAUCAAUUCCCAUAAUUGGUAAUCUCUUGCUACUCGGUCAAAAUCCCCAUAGAUCUUUAGCCAAGCUUGCUAAAACUCAUGGUCCUAUCAUGACUCUCAAACUAGGCCAACUAACCACAAUCCUUGUUUCCUCACCAGCCAUGGCCAAACAUGUUAUACACAAGAAUGAUGUUGUCUUCUCCAAUAGAACCAUCCCAGAUGCAAUCAGAGCUCACCAACAUGAUCAAUUUAGUCUCGUAUGGCUUCCCCUUUCAAAACCAUGGAGCACCCGUCGAAAAAUAUGCAACUCAUAUAUGUUCUCAGUUCAGAAACUUGAUGCAAAUAGGGAUCUCAGGCGCAAGAAAGUUGACCAACUGCUUGCUGAUGUCCGAAAAUGUUGCCUUGCUGGUCAGGCCAUAGAUAUAGGCCAAGCUGCUUUCACGACCAUGCUUAAUUUGAUGUCUAAUACCUUUUUCUCUCUCGACUUGGCUGACCCAAGUGGGGAUACAGCAAGAGAGUUCAAAGAGAUUGUAGGAUGUAUCAUGGAAGGAAUAGGAAAAACCAACUUGGCAGAUUUUUUUCCUGUGCUCAGGAAAUUUGAUAUACAGGGUAUAAGGAGACGCACUGUGAUUAAUUUUGGAAAGUUCUUUGAGCUUUCGGAUAGGAUGAUCAUUCAACGACUGGAGUCGAGGAAGAAGACUGGAAUUUCAACAGAUGACUUCUUGGAUUCUCUUCUCUCCGUUGCGGAAAAUAGCGAUGAAGGGUUUGAUAGAAAUGACAUCAAACAUUUACUACUGGAUCUACUUUUGGCGGGGACUGAUACAACUUCAAACACCAUAGAGUGGGCGAUGGCAGAGCUGCUCAAGAACCCAGAAACUUUAACAAGAGCACGAGUGGAACUCCAGGAAAAACUAGGAAAAGGGAAGGUGGUUGAGGAAUCAGACAUUAGUGGGUUGACCUACUUACAAGCCAUUGUUAAAGAGACCUUUCGGCUGCACCCAAUAGUUCCUUUCUUGCAUCGCAAAGCAGGUGAAGAAGUAGAGAUUUGCGGGUUUACAGUUCCAAAAGAUGCACAGGUGCUAGUUAACAUAUGGGCUGUGGAAAGAGAUGAAAGCGUGUGGGAGAAUCCUAACAGUUUCCAGCCAGAGAGAUUCAUGGAGAAGGACGUUGAUAUUCGAGGCAAGGAUUCUGAGCUGAUUCCUUUCGGGGGAGGAAGACGAAUAUGUCCUGGUUUACCAUUGGCAACGAAGAUGCUGCAUCUUAUGCUGGCUUCUCUUCUUCACUCCUUUGACUGGAAACUUGAAGAAGGAUUGACGCCACUUGGCACGGACAUGGAAGAAAAGUUUGGACUCACUUUGCACAAAGCUCAACCCUUGCUUGCCAUUCCACAGUUAUUAUAA